AUGCCAUCUAAUCCAUACAAGACAUCUGUGAAUCAAUCAAAGAGCGUCAAGAGAUGGGCUCGAACUAUUCGUAACAAUGAUGCACUUGGUAUCUUGUCAAAAUUUGAGAUGAAACGUGUCAAUGAUAAACUCAGGCUUAUGGUUUUGUGUUAUAUCUCUCAGUCGCUUGUCCAAAGACAUUUGCGGGUGUUGAUGUGUCGCGAGUCGGACACUUCACUCAUUCCGCCAUCUCUUUCAAAGGUUGAGAAAGAGGGUUUAAUGGAUCGCUUCCAUGUCGGAGCGGAGCUUCCUCAAACUUCUUCUAUCCCGUUGAUCUCGGUUACAGACUUUGUGAGAACCGGCGUGCACAUAGCAGCCCGUGAUUUCUCCGAAGUUGAAUUGGAGCUCAUGCGCUGGGGAGUUCGACGUUUCUCUUUUGACUGGGAGGCUGAAUGGGACAACCGCGCAAAUGCCUUAUCCCGUGAAAUCUUCUGGAAUUCAUUCCAUCGCGCCAUAAGAUAUGGCUCUUAUCAGUUUACAAUCAGCUCCGACAUUCUGACGCGGGAAAUAAUCUUACCAGUUGUCGAGAGGCAAUUCAAACGCCUUGCUUUGAUUUACCAAGACCAAUGUCGAAACACCGAAGUCGUUGACUAUCAUUAUGUGAUAGCCGAGAAAAAAAAGCUUUGCAAAGAAUACCGUGAAUACUUAGUCAAGUGCGGUGCUUCACCACCUUUGGCCUCCAUCUUCCAGCCAAGGAACUACCCAAUGUUCGGCGAUGUUGUGGAAGCCACAGUGAUUGUUGGUACCCAUCAAGUUAAGGAAUUACAUUUUGCCAUACCUCAAUGGUGGUCUCAAAAAGCAGCUUCUUACAUAGAGUGUAUCGAGGAACGGGUCCACUUUCAAGCUACCUCCCGUGAAGCGGUUCCUGGAAAUACUCGUCCUCCUCACAAGUUCAUUGUCAUGUCUUCAACAAACUUCGGCUUUAUACCGCGUCACCUUCCCGCAGACCUGUAUAGCAAAAAGUUCAAGGCGUCUUUACUACCAUGCGAGAUUGCUGAGCUAAAAAUGAAACCCUCUGUGUUACCCGAAAUCGAAAAUAUGUCGUCAAUCUUCACUGCGUUCGCAACUGAAUUUGACUAUCAUCCCUUGGACGGUGUGGUCGAUGAUCGUUACUCUAGUGACGAUGAGGAGUCUUCCGAUGAUAUUUCCGAUUCCAGUUCAGAGAUAGCCCUCGACGCUCUUGCUGCCGAUGCGCCCGAAAUCAACCAUAUCGAGCCUUGCGUCCAGACUCAGAUUGUGAACUUACAGGCUGAUUUACAGAAGUCAAUUGCUGUGUUUUCAGAUUUCCAAAAAGAAUUACAAGACCACAUGCCUGCACGCUUGGAAGAGUUAGAACAAGCCAAAAAUGAUAUCAACAACAUCAACAAUAAGCUUCAAACGUUUGAAGGGAUGCUAGGGUCUGGUGAAGGCGCAAGAUUGUCGGCUGACACUGACCAAGAUUCGGUGCCGCUCCCAGCUGCCUCGGAUAUAUUCCCACCUUCCAAGGAUGUAUGA